UGUCCCAUCGGCGGCGCCGUCGCGGGCAGCGGAAGGCUCGCGUCACGUGACGGAGGCCCGCAGUGAAGCGGAACGCGACGGCUCCGGGGGCCCGGGCGGGGGUGCGCUGCCGGCCGGCGGGAUGGAGGCGACCUUGGAGCAGCACCUGGAGGACACGAUGAAGAACCCGUCCAUUGUUGGAGUCCUGUGCACAGACUCACAAGGCCUCAAUCUGGGCUGCCGUGGGACGCUGUCAGAUGAGCAUGCUGGAGUGAUCUCUGUUCUGGCGCAGCAAGCAGCAAAGCUAACCUCUGACCCCACCGACAUUCCUGUGGUGUGCCUAGAAUCAGAUAAUGGGAACAUCAUGAUCCAGAAACACGAUGGCAUCACAGUGGCAGUGCACAAAAUGGCCUCUUGACAUCUGUCAGCAGUGCUCCAGCAGCAUGUCAGAGACUUGAUCCAACAUGUUAUGGAGCUUCUAAAGUUCCAGAAGUUAGGCACUAUUCUAUUUAUUUUAGAGUUAGUUGCUUUUUAACACUGUAUGGACAGACCAAUCAGGUUAUUAGUAAAGUUUAUAUUGUACUGAUCCAGGUUACUUGUGUGUUAGAUUCUUGUUAUGUCCAAUAAAUCUGCUUGAAGGCAA